AUGAGCGCCAACAUCCGCACCAUCGGCAUCGUCACCUGCAGCACACGCUCCACCCGCGUGAACCCGCACAUUACGCAGCACAUCACCUCCCUCCUGCGCGCCCACAUCCAGAGCGGUGCCUUUCCCAGUCUGCAAGACGCCACGCUCAGCAUCAUCGACCUCGAGGCGCAAGGGCUGCCUCUGUUUGACGAGCCCGCCAUCCCCGCCGGCCUGCCCAAGGACGACCCGACGCCGCACUACCAGCAGCCGCACACGCGGCGCUGGUCGGCCGUCGCGCGCGCCCACGACGCCUUUGUCUUUGUCACGCCGCAGUACAACUGGAGCGUGCCGGCGAGCCUCAAAAACGCCCUCGACUACCUCUACCACGAGUGGGCCGGCAAGCCCGCCGUCGUGGUCUCGUACGGCAGCCGCGGUGGCGGCCGCGCCGCAGUGCACCUGCAGCAGAUCCUGAUGGGGCUCAAGAUGAAGCCCGCGGGGACGGCCGUGCCCCUGGCGAUUAGCAUCGACGAUGUGAAUGAGUGCCUGGCCAAGGGACAGCUGAGCGAGGAGGUGGUGAAGCGCUGGGAGGGCGCGGGUGUGCCGGCGGCGCUGAAGACGGCGGUGGGCGAGAUGGCCGGCCAGUGA